CCUCAUGGUUCCCUUGUGCUGCUUGAUGUCUACGGACGGGGUACAGCGCACAACUCUUCGAAGCUGCUCGAAAUAUUACUUAAAAAAGACAAGGUGGACGAUGCCACAACCGGCCUUUUGUUUAUGGAGUCCGUGGGAAGGGUGACGGUUCAAUCACGGAAGCUUUGUAGCUGUUUCCACAGCAUAAAAAGAAGCACUACCGCAGUAUUUUUUUAGCUCACUUGUGAAAGGAAUACACAAAAAAUGUCGUCUCCAAGUCCGGGCAAGAGGCGAAUGGACACCGACGUGGUGAAACUCAUAGAGAGCAAGCACGAGGUCACCAUCUUGAGUGGACUCAAUGAGUUUGUGGUCAAGUUCCACGGUCCUUCUGGAACACCUUAUGAAGGAGGCGUGUGGAAGGUCAGAGUAGAUCUACCAGAAAAAUAUCCCUUCAAGUCUCCAUCAAUAGGUUUCAUGAACAAAAUAUUUCAUCCCAACAUUGAUGAAGCCGUUGCAUGUCCUCUCAGGUCAGGAACAGUGUGUUUGGACGUCAUUAACCAAACAUGGACGGCACUCUACGACCUCACCAACAUUUUUGAGUCCUUCCUGCCUCAGCUGCUCGCCUACCCCAACCCCAUCGACCCACUGAACGGGGACGCCGCCGCCAUGUAUCUUCACCGACCGGAGGACUACAAACACAAGAUCAAAGAGUACAUCCAGAAGUAUGCCACGGAGGAGGCGCUAAAGGAGCAGGAGGAAGGUGGCGGGGACUCCUCCUCUGAGAGCUCCAUGUCAGACUUUUCUGAGGACGAGGCUCAGGACAUGGAGUUGUAGUUCUUAUUUAAGGCUAGACUUAUUUUUUACAGCGGGAUUUUUAUGGCUACCUGGGCCAGCGGCACACCUUGCUCCAGGAUUCAUCAUCAUUGGGAGUCCGGACUGAGGAAGCUAUGGAAGAAACUAUGUCGAUUCAUCUUUAUCAUUCAUUCUACUUGGAACUGCAGCAUCCACAGAUGCGGUGGAAAAAGUCCAACAAAGAAAGCUGCAGUGUGAGUGUGUGAAUGUAAUCCUGAUGAUUAGCGGGACUCAGGAGAGACACUGUCCGUUCUCCCGAUGUCCCGUUCUUCCUCUCCGUUUUAGGAAAGUUGUUGUUCUUCUCUUGAGUAUCUUUUGUGAUUUGGUGUGGCAUGACAGAGAGUUUUGUAGGAUUUGUCAGUAGUGGGAGGACACCAGGGGCCUGGCCGCACAUCGAGUCAGCUCAUGUGAGAAUUUAGUUGGAUUUUGUAUGAAAACCUAGUUGAAAAUGGUCACUUUUUUAAAUACACGUUUUAUGAAGUCCAUGCGAUCAGUUAUGCAGUUUAGCAAGCUCGCUAGUUGGUUAGCAAGCACGUUGUUGGUUGGCUGGUUGGUUAAAAAUUCUGUAGCUAGCAAUUAGUCACCAUAACUACGAUUUUGUUAGUUAGGUAGCAAGUUGAUAGGUAGUUGUCAAGCUACCCAUCUAAUUGGUCAGUAAGAUGAAUUUUAGUUUCCAGGAUUAUGCCAAAGCUACCUUGUUCAACCCUCUUUGAAACAAAGUAUAUAUUUUUUUCAAUUGUUAUACCUAAAUAGGACCAUACUUAUUUGUUUAAUAAUAUGCCUUU